CUGAGGACCGCAAGCCCGGGCCCUCCUCCGCCCCCCACCCCCACCCUCCGUUUCCACCCACCACCCUGGGCCCCCUUCAGCCUCGGACCCCCACCCCACCCCCCCCACCCACUCCUCUCAUCUCCAGUGCCGGUCGGUUGGAAUCGCACGCAGCAACGGGCGCUGUCCCCCGCUGUUCUGGGGUCCCCCGUCAUGGCAUCAAACAGCAUCUUUGACUCUUUCUCCAACUACAGCAGCAGUCUACUCAGAGAGCCGCCCACCACCAGACGGUUCACGCCGCCCUCCACCUCCUUCCCCUGUAAGCUCGGAGACGGCAACGGGGCCAUGGCCACCCCGGGGCCCCUGAGGUCAAGAUCCGACACCAGGAACGUGGUGGACGUCCUGGCGGACCACGCCGGCGAGCUGGUCAGGACCGACAGCCCCAACUUCCUCUGCUCCGUCCUGCCGUCUCACUGGAGGUGCAACAAGACGCUCCCCGUGGCGUUCAAGGUCGUGGCUCUCGGGGAUGUUCCGGACGGGACUCUGGUCACCGUCAUGGCCGGGAACGACGAGAACUACUCGGCCGAGCUGAGGAACGCCUCCGCCGUGAUGAAGAACCAGGUGGCCCGCUUUAACGACCUGCGUUUCGUGGGCAGAAGCGGACGAGGAAAAAGCUUCACGCUGACCAUCACCGUGUUCACCGGACCGCCGCAAGUGGCCACCUACCACCGCGCCAUCAAAGUCACCGUGGACGGACCCCGAGAACCGCGCAGGCACAGAGUGAAGAUAGAAGACCCCCAGAAGAUGCAGUUCUCGGACAGGCUGUCAGAGAUCGAGCGCUACCAGCGGUCUAUGCGGAUAGGCCCGGUGAACAAUAACCCCCGCCCCAUCCACCAAACCCACCUAAGCACCACACAAGCCCUGUGGCAGGAGCAAAUGGACACCCCCGCUCUGAAGACAUGCAAGGUAGAAGAGGACCUGAGACCAUGGCCAGGGACCACAGACCUCUUCAACCAGAGGACCAGCUUCCCGUCUCUGUCGCCGCUGACCGACCCCCGCUUCUCAGACCCCCGCAUGCACUACCCGGGGGCCUUCCCCUACUCCACCAACACCUCCAGCACCGGCAUCAGCGGCCUCAGCAUGUCGGCCUCUUCUCGAUACCACACCUACCUGCCUCCACCCUACUCAAACAACCAAAGCCAGAACUUCCAAUCCAACCCCUACCUGUACUACGGCACAGGCUCCGGGUCCUACCAGUUCUCCAUGGUGGCGCAGGGGAACACCGGGGGCGAGCGCUCCCCCACCCGUCUGCUGUCCUGCUCGGGGGCCACGGGCCCCGGCGGGACCAACGGCCUGAUGAACCAGGGCCUGAACAACCAGAGCGAGGGCGUGGAGGCCGACGGCAGCCACAGCAACUCCCCCACCGCCAUGAGCGCCUCGGGCCGCCUGGACGAGUCCGUCUGGAGGCCUUACUGACUGACCGGCUAGACUAUCGGAGGGCGCCGGGCAGGUGAGGGAGGGAAGAGUAAAAGAGAACAAGAAGACAUGAAACACUGAAAGUCUCUCCCU